AUGAAGUUGACCCUACCCUUCCUCUCCCUGGCGCUCUUCUUCGCGGUGCUGGAUAGCGCCCACUCGAGGGUGCUGCCCGUCGAGUCGGCGCCCUACGCACGCAACUCUGGCGGCAUCCCCGCCCUCGUCCCGCGCUCUCCCCCCUCGGCACCCGACAGCGUCCUCCACAGGCGAGUGACGCGACACAUCCGCCCUGAGUACCCCUCCGUCUCGCGCCGUCAAACCGUCGACAACGGCGGCAUCAACACCACCACCAACCCGCAACCCAUCCGAGGUAGCAAAGGAGCUCCCUUCCUGCACGACUCCAACACGCCCAUCGAUCGUCAGAACCCGGACAGCAUCUCUCCGCCCCCCACCGACGCGGGCAACGUACCCAACCUCAAGUGGUCCUUUUCGCUCUCGCACAGCCGGCUGCUCAACGGGGGCUGGGUGCGCGAGCAGACGGUGACCGACCUGCCCUCGUCGCCCGGCGUCGCGGCGGCCGAACAACGGCUCAGCCCCUACGCGUAUCGCGAGCUGCACUGGCACCGCGUCGCCGAAUGGGGUCUCGUGCUCAACGGCACCGUUCGCAUCACGGCCAACGACGAGGAGGAUCGCAACUACGUCGGUGAUGCGGGCGUGGGCGAUCUGUGGUCGUUCCCGGCGGGCAUACCGCAUACCCUCCAAGCGGGCCCCGAAGGCGCCGAGUAUCUGCUGGUGUUUGACGACGGCAACUUUGAUGCGGCGGGGACGACGUUUAUGCUGGACGACUGGAUCGCGCAUACGCCGCGCGAGGUGCUGGCCGAAAACUUUGGCUGGAACGCCAGCGUGUUUGGCUCCAUCCCUUCUCCAGACCCGUACCUGGUCCCCGCUGGACAGAACGAAUCGUGGCUCUCGUUGGAGGAAGCGCGCCAGGCAGUCUCUACCAAUCCGGGAGGAGAGGCUACUCCAUACGUCUACGCGCUCAGUCAGCAGAAUCGCACCCAAGCCCCCGGCGGCGGUGGCUGGGUCAAGGUGACCGACUACCGCCAGUUCCCCUCUUCCCCGACGCUCGCCAGCGCCUACGUGCACGUCGAAAAGGGUGGACUGAGGGAGCUGCACUGGCACAAGAACGCCGAGUGGGGAUACAUCGUCAAGGGCAAAGCACGAGCGACGGCUUUCGCCGGUGGAGCCACGGCGAGGACGUUCGACCUCCAAGCAGGCGAUAGUUGGGUCUUUCCCACCAACUACGGCCACUACCUGCAGAACGUCGGCGAGGAACCGUUGGAGUUCAUCGAGAUCUUCCGCGGCGCCAAUUUCGGCGACCGGGUGCGCUUCGACGACUUUUCGCUCACCCAGUGGCUCGCGCUGCUGCCGCCGAGCGUGGCGGCCAAGCAGUUGAACGUCACCGAGGCGCUCGUGCGCCAGCUCAAACGGGCGAAACAGGUCAUCGUCGCUGGGUGA